GAACUAGCACGAAGAUUUGAAACGAAAACGAGGCCGAUUGUAAAUGUUAACAAACGCAAGUUGGAUAUACAUAUAUCUAUUCUGUUGUCGUGGUUAAAGCGUUAUCGGAUUACUUAUCGGUAUUCUAAUACUAUUAAGGUACAAUUAAACAACUCUCACACCACCACUCGUACUUCCACUGGGAAUAAGAUCUUUCGAGUGCAAGAAAACACUUGUUGAAACCCGUAUUAAUAUAUUAACUGCAAAGAGAGAAUGGCGUGAAACGUAAGGAAUUCAGUUACGCAAAGGAAGCGACACAUUUAUUUCAUAUUUAUUGUCUUAUUAUAGAAACGCCAGUGUAACAAAAUAAUUUUAAUCUUACAUGAUGUCAGCAACGUUGUGUAUAUUGAUUGUAUUACUGUAAGAGAGAUUUUACGAUUAUUUAUUGGAGCUAAAUUUCGAGACAUAGAUUUAGCUUCCAAAAUCCGUUUCAUGCCUGUCUGCUGUUUGUGAAAUGCAACCGGAUAUUGCACCACAAAUCACAAAUCAAUUUGUCGUUUAAUUUGUUGUAUAACAGGACGAAGGGCGCAAAACCGCAGCUAGCACGUAUUUAAUAGAUCAAACUAUACAGGAUUUCGGGAAAGGCGGUUUAGAGAUGCAGGUUCAUCAGGGCACCCUUGGUCGUCGCAGCAAUCACAUGCAAACGUCCAUGAACAUGGACUCGCCGCCGCAGCGGACAACCGCCAGCGGGACUCUCUCGGGUACAUUGUCGAAAUCGAGUUACAUCGGCAACCCGAGCCCGGCGCCGCCCAACGACGUGAGCUUCUACAGCGUGGAGAUGGACAACGGCGGUCGGAGUUACAUGAGCUACGACGGCAAUCCGAGUCCGGCGCCGCCCGCGAUCGAUCCGACCAGCGGGCCCUACUAUCCCUCGUCGAUGGGCUCGACGGGCCACAUAAUGAGCGGGCACAUGACGGGCGUCAACACCGGCACCCUGACGCGCACCAGGACGCUACCGCGUCCGGUGCCGCCGCCUGACGUCACCGUGAUGACCGCGGGCACUAAGUCGCCGAUACCACCAUCGGUGCCGCCGCCACCCGCCACAUUUGCCCGUGGCCCCGGUGUCAAUAACGGCGGUGGGCCCCAUCCACACCCGCACUCGCAUCCGACACCCGCCACCGCCGUCCUCCUGUCAGAGCCAUCCGUUGUCGACGUUCGCGGCGACGCCAACCUACUCCGACAUCGACGGUCAUCUUGUCUGAGGCUCGCCGAUCUUCGGGCCCAGCUCGACGCGCGGCAAAUAUCGCGCCGUCGCUCAGAACGACCCAUCGGAAGACCGUCGACCGCCUACGGAGAGGAGCACGCGUCUCUGAGUAACGCGAAGCGUCGUGAUGAUGGAUCCUCCUCCGAAUUGUCCGCGUUGUUCACCUCGUCACCGAUCAUCUCCUUGAACGACUGGGCAAAGAGGAACGCGGCGACGGGGUUGCAGACCCUUGCACUCAUCAUCACGCGCCUGAACGAUCUCCGAGAAACUCUCUGUUUCGUGCGCGAGAACGAAAGUACGACGAAGUGUGUAAAUAGAUAA